AUGGAUGUGAAAUCAUCACAGAGGGGCCUCAACAAAGCACCGGAAGCUCAGGAUCGCAACCGCCGCGGUCGGAAGCUUAGGAACCUGUGCGUUGGAUUGACAGUGGUGGUCGUUGUAAUCAUAAUACUGAUUGUGAUUUUAGCAUUCACGGUCUUCAAGCCAAAACAUCCGGUUUCGACAAUCGAUUCCAUCGCUCUCGACGAUCUCUCCUUGUCGAUGGACAUUGCGGCGCUCAGAAUCCAUCUUAAUGUCAGUCUCGACGUGGAUCUCUCCAUUCGUAACCCUAACAAGGUAGGAUUCAAGUACUCCAACUCCUCCGCGCUUCUCAACUACAGAGGGAAACUCGUCGGAGAAGCUCCUAUUCCCGCCGGCAAGAUUUCUUCAGGCGAAACUUCGCCAAUGAACUUGACGCUUACGCUCAUGGCGGAUCGUUUCCUCUCCGAUUCACAGCUUAUAUCUGAUGCAACGGCAGGUGAGUUGCCUCUCAACACCUUCGUCAAGCUUUCAGGCAAGGUUAUCGUUUUCAGUAUCUUCAAAUUCCAUCUUGUUUCUUCCACUUCUUGUGAUUUCACCGUAUUUAUCCCCAAUAGGAGCGUUGGCAAUCAGCAAUGCCAAUAUAAGACCAAAUUAUAGCACUCCCUUCUUCCUCCUCUUCCUUCCAAGAUGUCUAUUUGG